CAGCUGGUGAUAAAUGUGUUAAUGGAAUAAGUGAAAUUAAUUGACCUACAACAGCAAAAAACAUUACGCAAAAUGUCGCUGCUUUGUAAUACCGGUGAUUGGUUUACCCUGGGGCAAGGGAAUGCAUUCAGGAAAAUAGAGCUUUAUACAAUGGACUGGCCGGCUAGCAUCAAUUUGGACAACAUGACCAUUCACGCUGCCCCAUACGGCGGCCCUAUUGCUGUUGUCAAGGAUCCGAAGUCAUUUAUCAAGCUCGAUGGGGGCAGCAGUGCUCGACCAGUGAUACGAGUGUUCAACUGCGUUGGCAAGCUGAUGUCGUCGAUAAAUUGGGAUUGCGGUAAUUUGGUAGCACUCGGAUGGUCGGACUGCGAGGAGCUCGUCGGAGUGCAGGACGACGGUACCAUCUUCAUACACGACAUGUUCGGCAACUUUGUGCACAAGUUUAGUGUCGGAAAGGACGUGGCGGAUGUAGUCGCAGCUAAAAUAUUCGCCUCCGCCUCGGGCACUGGAGUCGCAGUCAUGACGUCUGGCUUCAAAAUAUAUAUCCUGAACAACAUCAAAGAUCCUAAGUCUAGACCACUCUCCGAUCUACUGAACAUUACCAGUGCGCUUAGCGCCUGGGAGGUGGUGUGCAAGGAUCGGACAACGAGUUGCCUGCUAGCGAUGGGAAAUGAAAUCACCGUUGUGCGCCUCGGCGACAACGCCUUCGCGGCGCACAAUGUGGCGAUGAAGAGCGAAUACAAAUCGAUCGCUCUCAUGUCUGUAUCGUUCGAUCACCAGCACGUAGCGUUGCUAACUAACACCGGUUGCGUCUGGAUGGGAUCAUCCGAUCUGAAGCAGAAGUACGCCGAGUUCGCCACGGGUCGUCAAGAUAAACCGAUACAUCUGGCCUGGUGCAUCGAUGGUACGACCCAGGUCGAAUCGCAAGCCGUAAUUGUAGCCUACAUGAGCCUGAUCUUGAUCAUCGGUACGACAGGUGAGUCCAGUGUUUACACCUACGACUCACCGAUGACCCUCAUUCCGGAGAUGGACUGCGUGCGCGUACUAACCAGCAGCUGCCAUGAAUUGAUCCAGAAGGUGCCACUAAGCACGAGCAAAAUUUUUGGUAUCAACAUAUCCGAACCGGCGAGCUUUCUAUUUGAGGCGCACCGCAAAUUCCAGGAGCGAAGCCACCAGUCCGAUGAGUACCUUUGUCUCAUCCAGGGUAAGCUUUCUGCGGCGGUGGCAGACUGUGUGGAAGCGGCGGGCCACGAGUUCGAUCCGAACACGCAGAAGAGCCUCAUCCGGGCGGCCUACUUUGGCAAGAGUUUUAUAAGCGACUACAAUUCCACCGAGUACAUCCGGAUGUGCAAAACACUGAAGGUGCUGAACGUGUUGCGGGAUCGGAAUGUCGCCAUACCCAUUACGAUUCAACAAUUCAACCAUCUACAGCCAGUUGUUAUCCUAGAUCGUUUGGUUUUCCGAAAACAUUACAGCCUUUCGAUACACAUUGCCAAGUAUUUACGGUUGCAGGAGACGAGGAUUUUGGAGCACUGGGCGUUCCAGAAGAUUGCACUAGAUAAAAACGAAGACGAGGUGGCACGAAAGAUUGAGGCCAAGUUUUCCAGUGCCGAUCUGCUCGAACCUAUGUCUUUUGCGAACGUGGCCGAAAAAGCACAACAGCUGGGCAAAACUAAGCUAGCGAUCACGCUUCUCGAGCGGGAGAAAAAGAAGAAGCUACAAGUGCCGCUGCUAUUGAAGCUCGGUGCAAGCGAGAAGGCGCUGAAGGCUGCGACCGAGUCCGGCGAUAUUGAUCUCAUCUACAUGGCACUGUUGGAGAUGAAAAACACUACGGCGCUGGCGAAAUUUCACAUGACAAUUCGGAACUACUCGCUCGCGCAGAGUCUGUACAAGAAGUACUGCCAGCUGAACAGCUUGUCCACGCUGAAAGACAUUCACUCGCAGGAGGAUGACUUCUUGGCGCAGGCGGAACUGGGCCUGCGGGAGGCCCUCGCACUCGGCAACUUGGACGCGUCGAUACCGGACAUCGGUGGCAACUAUCGGCGCGCUGGCAAGGCGGCCGAAGCCGAGCUAGCCGACGAAACGAAGCGGCUGCUGAAGCACCAGAAGACGCUGCAGGACAAGUACCAUCGCGACUUUUUCGGCCUGCCACUGCACGCCCUUGUUCGUCAGCUGCUUCAGCUCGGGGACCUGCGGUACGCGGAAAAGCUGAAGAGCGAGUUCCGGAUGCCCGAGCGCCGAUUUUGCUGGCUGCGGGUGCGGACACUCGCAGAAAACUACCAGUGGGAGGAGCUGGAGCGGUUUGCGCGGGCGAAGAAGAGUGCCAUCGGUUACGAGCCGUUCGUGGAACUUUGCCUCCAGCAGCGCAACGUCGCCGAGGCGAAGAAGUAUCUGCCGCGGUGUGCCGAAGAGAACAAGCUCAAGUGGUAUCUACGCGCUGGUUGCUACGCGGACGCCGCCAACAUCGCUUUCGUGCAGAAGGAUAUCGACAGCUUGCUGAAAAUACACGACCACUGCACCAACGCCGAUCCGGCCCUACUGGCAACGGUCGAGAACAUGAUUGGUCAGCUAUCCAGCAAAAAAUAAUGAAAAUGAAGACUAGAGCAUCCGAAGAUUAAAUUUUAAUUAUUUUUAGUAAAAACACUAUCCACAAGGCUUAGGAAUUAAGUAAUGUGAUUUAAGGAUAGCAAAAGUAAACUGGAUCGCUUUCAACUUAUGGAAUAUGUAUGGAAAGCAACGGUUUAAAUAUUAUCAAAAAUCCUGUAGGUUGCAGGCUGACUUCGUAUUGUUGACAUUCUGCUUUACUUCAUGCUGC